UCUACUAUGGAGAUCGGAGAUGCGCAUGUUAUCUUUUGCUACUGGUUUCACGCGGUCACGGGAGCGCUCGCCACCGAGGGAAUUUACAGGGGCGGCUGGCGCGCCGCCACGGUGGCCUACGUCAUCAUCCUGCUCCCCAUCGCCGAGCACAUCGUCGGCACCGAUCGCCGCUCUCCUCCGCCAAAGGACGAGCUCAACUCCAAGAGCUUCCGCUUUGCCUCGCUCGCACAGCCCGUCCUCCAGCUCCUCUGGCUCGCCUGGUCGCUGCUGAUCGUCGCCUUCGGGAACGACGGCUACGACGGCGUGAAGAAGCUGUCGACGAUGGAGGUCGUCCUGGGUGGGAUCUCCUUCGGCGUCUACUCGGGCGCCUUCGGCAUCACCUACGCGCACGAGCUGUGCCACCGCCACGCCAAGCUCGACCGACUGCUCGGCAUCCUCAACCUUGUCUGCGUCUUCUACCCGCACUUCAACAUCGAACACAACAAGGGGCACCACAAGAUGGUCGCCACGGAGGAGGACCCCGCGACGGCUCGCGCCGGUGAGUCCUUCUACCACUUCCUCCCGCGCGUCGUGAUCGGCGAGCUGCGCUCCGCCGUCGAGCUGGAGGGAAAGCGGCUCGCAAAGGCCGGCGUACCGUUUCUGCACCCCACGAACGAGCUGCUCCAGCUCUUCUCCCUGUCGAUUGCGAUGGCGGCGGGCGUUGGCCUCGGCCUCGGCGGCCAGGCGCUCGCCUUCUUCCUGAUCCAGGCCGGCACCGCGGUGCUGCUCUUCGAGUCGGUCAACUAUCUGGAACACUACGGCCUCGAGCGGCGCCAGUACACGAGCGACCCGUCGCUUCCAGUCGAGUGGCGCUACGCGAAGAUCGGCCUGCGCCACGCGUGGGACUCGCCGACGCGGCUGGGCAACACGAUCCUGCUCAAGCUUCAGCGGCACGCCGACCACCACAACCACGCGGGGAAGCGGUACCAGCAGCUCACGACGUCGGACGCGAGCCCGCAGCUGCCGGGCGGCUACGCGACGAUGAUUGCGAUCGCGCUCGUGCCGCCGCUGUGGUUCGCCGUCAUGGACCCGCGGCUGCUGGAGCACCGCCGCAGCAUGCCGCGGCAGCAUUACCGACACUGGCCGCGCGGCGUGACGCCGCCGCCGCCGACCUUGGGCGACACCGGCAUCAAGGGAGCCGCGUCGCUGGUCAUCGCCGGCCAGCGCUGGGUCCGCCCCAGCGUCCGCAUCUCGAAUCAGAGCCGGCUGUCGUGCAAUGUGUGCCUGGACCCGGAGCGGUGCUCGCACGCGGACAUGGCGCCCCAGUGCGACGAGUGCGAGUAGCUUGGCGAACGCCAUUAGGACGUUGGUGUUGUUCAUACAGUGAGUGGUGGGUAGCUCCCGCGUGAGGUGACUCCAGGGUGACGAUUCGAGUUGUAUUAUUUUGUGUGUAUAUACUCGACAACGAAACAACGACACAAGUGCGUAGUACGUAGCGGAUAGCGUACGUGGAAUGAGCAGAGAGGGGUAUGGUAAAUUACUCGAGUGCCCUUCGAGGUGUUUCUUCAC